AUGCGGUUCCUGCUCGUCCUGUCACUGCUUCUAUGCCUCGUCGUGAUCAGCGCCCAACUGGUGAUACCGCCCGAGGAGGCGCUGGGUCGUGGCGGCAGGGACAAAGGCAGAGGAGGCAGAGGCAAAGACAAAGACAAAGGCAAGGGCAAAGGCAAAGAACCGGUGAUGGGCGGCUCGCAAGCUUUGCAGAAACAAAUCGGGACUCUGCAAGAAAAGGUCACCUCGGCGAAGGAAACGCUCGAGCCCUUCAAGGGCGGCAGCCUGAAGGGCCUCGUGGGUCUGCUGAAAGUGAACGAGGCGGUCGUCACGCUUGGAGAGACAAUCGACCGCACGACGGAGUCGGCCGAGGCAACGGACACCCUGUCAGCAAAGGAAUCGACGGAAAUCGGCACCCGGUUCCUCAGUCUGCAACCCGACAUCAACAACUUGUUGACCGAGCUCCAGAGCAAACGCGGCGAGUUCGACAAGGCUGGCUUCAAAAUCCUGGACGUCAGGAGCCUUAUCCGAGACUCCGUUGUCAUUCAGAAGGAUAAAGCCAGUGACUUGGGUGGUGCUACUGACCCGACCCGCCGCCAGUUCACCAAGGCUCUGGACCCGCAGUUCCAGCCCAUCGCGACGCAGGUGAGCGAUCAGAUCCAGAGCAACUUCUCCCAGGCCAUCGGAGAAUACGAGGGCCGCGGAGGGAAGAUCAAAAUCCCGUCCAAGGCCGUGCCGCAGCUCACGAACCUCCUCGCCGGCGUGGCGAGGGCCCUCGGCGUCGGCGAUCGGGACAAGAUGGCCAUGAUGAUGGCGGCGGCCGGGCCGGUUCCCAAUGCCGCCGAGGCCGUCCCGAUGACCAACUUCGCCAGCGCCGAGGCCGCCUUCGCGGACAUCAACGCCUCCGACACGGUUCAGGCGAACACGGCCGUCGAGGCGGCGCUCCGGGGGACGUCGGACAUGGAGCUCAGGAGGUUGGGCCCGGACGAGAACGACUUGCGUGGCAUACCGCCUCUUGUCCUCGCUGUCCUGCGGAGAUAUGACAUUAUUUAG